AUGGACACAAGAAGCAACUACAAAGAAAUCACGAAACACUAUCUUGGAGAUCAGGUCGUUGAUAUUUAUCAGACUGGCCAUUCCAUUCCCUCGGUCAUUGAACAAUAUAUUGCUCUCACGAAACUAGAGGGCAGUGACGAGUCCCUCAUCUUUUGUAACCUUGGUGACGUCGUCUACAAGUACAAUAACUGGAUGAGCAAGAUUCCACGCGUCAAACCGUUUUAUGCGGUCAAAUGCAAUGACGACUCCACAGUUCUGAAAUAACUUGCGGAUCUGUGAGCAAACUUCGACUGUGCAAGCAAGGUGGAGAUUGAGAAGAUCUUGUCCAUAGGGGUGUCUCUGUCACGCAUCAUCUAUGCCCACCCUUGCAAACAGUCCUCAAUGAUUCGCUUCGCUGCCAGUAGCAACGUCGAAAUGAUGACUUUUGACAAUGAAUCCGAACUUCAUAAAGUGAAAAGUCUCUUUCCAACUGCAAAACUGGUUCUCCGCAUCCUGCCGCCAAGCAAAUUCAAAUGCCUACGGGUUCUGAGCAUUAAGUUCGGUGUGAACCCCGCCAAGGCCAUCAAUCUCCUGUGCGCUGCCAAAAGACUUGAGUUGGACGUCAUAGGCGUCAGUUUUCACGUUGGAUGCGGUUGCCUGGAACCAGAGGCCUUUGAAGCCACCAUCAAACAGGCCCGUAUGGUGUUCGACCAGGGACGCGACCUCGGGUUCAACAUAAUGGUGCUCGACAUCGGCGGCGGCUUUCCGAGCCACGCAAGCGCGCCAGUCUCCUUUGAUUCUAUCGCCCAGGUGGUGAACAUGGCACUGGAAAAGUAUUUUCCGGCGGAGGAUAGCCUUGAAAUGAUUGCUGAACCAGGCACCUACAUGGUAGCGUCGGGUUUUACACUUGCGGUCAACAUCAUUUCUAAUCGUAUUGAGCCAAGCGGCCAGCAUUGCAACGAUGGGGAGCUCACCGAUCAGCCAAACAUGUCUGACAAUCCCGUCGUGAUGUAUUACAUAAGCGACGGAGUCUACGGCUCAUUAAGCACCCUCCGGGACGACCAUACUGCCGCCGAGGUACCAUUCAAGCCACUCAAGUACGUGAAUGUCAACGACAUGACCUUAGAAAGCAGCGUAUGGCGCCCAACGUGCGAUGGAAUUGACUGCGUACUGAAGAAAGUUCAGCUCCCCAUGCUUGAGGUCGAUGACUGGUUCUACUUUGAGAAAAUCGGCGCGUAUACGGUCUCCACUGCAUGCGCUUUCAAUGGGAUGCAGACUCCCAGACGUGUCUAUUUCUGCGAUGCUGCCGUGUGGUUUGACGUCUACCCAGAGCCAGUCCACAAUUGCGCCAAAUCAGGUAGCCCUAAUCUGUGA